AUGUGGCGGGGGCUGUCCGGGCCGAGCGGGGCUCUGAGCCCGCCGAGGUGCUCUGGGCGCGGGCGCGAGUCCUGCGGAGUUUUCCGUCCGGGGCUCAGGCCGCGGAAAACGGUCAGGACGAAAACGGAGUGCAUCGACCUGAAAGUUGCCGAGCAGGACGGCUCCGUGGUGCGGUUCAGAAUCAAACGGCACACUCCGCUGGGCAAGCUCAUGAAGGCGUACUGCUGCCGACAGGGCUUGUCAAUGAGGCACAUUAUGUUCCUGUUUGAUGGACAGCCCAUUAAAGAAGCAGACACACCUGCACAGCUGGAGAUGGAACACGAUGACACGAUCGAAGUGUACCAGCAGCAGACAGGAGGAGGGUGCUAAGACACAGCAUCUUUUGGAGAACAGUUUGAGGAUUCUCAUCACACCCCACUUUCUCAUCUCUCCUUGGAUUUGCUGUUUUAUUAGGGAACAGAUGAACAUGCCAAUCACACAGGGUUCUUUGAAACUUCACAGGAUAUUUACCAAAGUUGCUUGUUGUCCUUGACAUUCUGAGUGCACAAGUCAAAAUAGUAUCUGCAGGGAUUGAGCUGUGUGUGAAUUUCACCAUUUAAAAUUCAGAUUAAGUAAUAUGUGUUGUCUCUCUGUUGUUAGCCUUUUUUAAAAUAUGUUGUUUGUAUUCUCUUUCUUCUUUCUUUAAACUUGUGGCCUGAGCAUUCAUCCAUGUGUUGGGACACUGAGUGCUCUUUCCUGUCUCUGGUUGGUCUUGUCCCUUUGUUUUAACUCAAACUAUAUAAAUAGUUCAAUGUAUUUUCAUGCCAAGUGUGAGUGUAAAAGUUUCAUUUUAAGAUGUGCCCAAGAGAAGGAACACAGAUACAGGUUUCAAGUUUUUAGC